ACUUGAGGCUCGUAGCCCCGCGUGGAGAGGUAAACACCAGCGGCUGAUCGGCCCUCCUGCUCUCAGGCAUCCAGAGCAAGAAAUAAAUUAUCUUUGAUGCAGAAAAUAAGGCUUUAGGAAGCACUAUGGCUCUACGGUGUGCUUUAGGACUGAGGGUGUUACUCUCUAGUGGAGUGUCCUCCAGGAUGGUCACAGUCGGGAGUGUCCAGGCCAGACCGCUCUCUCUUACUGCUACUAACUUUUUAAAAGAAAUCAUUGUUCAAGAGGAGGGUAAUCAAUUAAUAAUAAAAGGAGCUUACAUAGAAUCACCUCGUACCCCUCUGUUGAUCAAGACAGGGCAUGAUGAAAACCAUACAUGCUCUCUCUGUGCUCUCAAUCUCGACUUAAAACAUACUGAUGUACUGAUUCUUUCCCAAUUUAUGCGUGCUGAUGGUGGUAUGUUGCAUCGGCGUAUCACAGGACUCUGUGGAAAACAGCAAAAAAGAGUCAGACUUUUAGUGGCUAUGGCACAGAGAGCUGGUCUGAUGCCUAAUUUAACCCCGUGGUACAGCAAGAAGGAUCCCAAAAAAAGAUUUGGAUCAAAGAAAUACAACAGGUAUUUUGACGAGACCACACUUGACGUCAAACCUAAACGUAAAUAACUCUGAUUCAAUGUACAGUACAAUAUUUUAUUUUUUCCUGCAUCUAUUUGUGACUGGUUCAAUGUAAAUGGAAAUACAGUAUAUGAAUAAAUUCCACAUCAGUAA